GGAUCCACUCUCAUGGCAAUCUGUGUACCGCACCGUCGUCUGUCGCAGCAACGAAGCUGGCUAUUUCUGGAGUGUCGAGGGCUGGGACUUGUCGAGAAAGGCGGAUGGGUGAUAGUCUCUAUGGCAUCCGACGGCCCGCCAGACGCCUGAGACCCGCUAAAGCCUCCGCGCAGAGGCCGUUCUUCAGGAUCUCACGCGUCUGCUCCCCUCUCAUUCUUCCCUCCACCUUCCUCCCGUCCUCGUCUUUCCCUUCUGCCCCUCCGGUAGGGUCGCUCGCUGUCGGCGUUCCGUUCUUUCGCUCCUGGCUUGCUCCUGUUCCUCCUUCACUACCUGCGUGCGCGAUGCGUUCCUUCCUGAACAUUGUCUUCCUGCUGGCCACCCUGCUCGCGAGCCGAGUAUAUGCUCUUGAGAUUACCGUUGGGGGAUCCGUCGGGAAUGUCUCUGCUACGGACUUCCUGACCAUCACCGACUCCUCUGUCGCGAACACGUGUGAUUCGCAGUGUGCACCGGCCAAGAGCGCGCUUUCCUCUUGCACGGACGACGCCUGCUUCUGCACCACCACGAUGAUCCAGCAGGUCGCCACCUGCGAGCAGUGCAUGUUCGACGCGCUCAUCGCCGGCGACCUCAUGAUGACCGACCCGAGGGAGGGUUCCCAGGUCGCCUUGACAGCCUACGGUACUGCUUGCGGCACCGCCCUCAACACGACGGUCGCUGCGAGUCUGACCACGCUCACACUCCCGCCCGACUGGGACGGUCCGUUCGGCCAGGGCCUCUCCCCCGUUGCUACCGGGUUCGUGGUGGCAAUCGCGGCCGCGUUGGGAGGCACCUCCAUCUGGAUUCUCUGCUCGAUGUAGAGGCAACAUGAUAGGUGGAACAGGACCUUGUUCGUACUCGCUUGCAGAGUAGUGGCUGAGAAGCUAUUGAUGUCAGCGGGUCGUGUCAUAUGAUCAGGAUGGUGGACGAGAAUGGGCGGCUUGAGUUUGAGUGAUCGAUCGAGAAUUGCUCAAUACGGCCGAGACUCGAGCA